AUGUGCACCGGCACGUGCACCAGCAGCUGCGCCCUAUCGUUGAACACCUCGCUGCACAUUUCGCACCUGAACAGGCCUGCCGAGUCGGCCGUGUCCGUGGAGGCGGUGCUGUUUUCGGCAGGCGCGGCGCUUGCAUUGGUCGAGCACGCGUUCGCGCUCGCGUGCUGCAUCGAGAUCUCGGCCAGCUCCUGGAAAUAUUUUGCCGAAAAUAGGUUAGCGAUAAAUAACCUACAACUCUCGACAACCGCCAAAACAACUGCCUGAUAAUCAGCUUCCGGUGCGCGACGCGGGAGAUUGGAAAUACAGGAUGAGCACGUUCGGCGGGAAAAUUGAAGAGUUCCCUGGGAUCAGCGUGGAUAGGUUCGAUGGAGAAAACGAACAUUCUGAGGUUUAUUUUUUAUCUCACUGCCAUACUGAUCAUAUGGUGGGCUUAAGCAAUGUCCAGUUCCAAAAAAACUUGGUCAAUAAUAGAAAAUAUCUGUUUGGUUCACCUAUUACGUGUAUAAUUUUGAGCAAAUUGUAUCCAGAUAUUAAGAAUAAUUUGAAAGAACUGUCUUUAUACUUACCAACGAAUAUAAUGUUCGAAAAUAGCUCAUUUUCUGUGACAACUGUGCCAGCAGGGCACUGUCCUGGUUCAAUCAUGUUCCUUUUUGAAGGAAAAACGAGAAUUCUUUAUACUGGUGACUUUAGAAUUCACAAAGGAGAUAGUAGAAAAUUUAAAUCUUUCUACGAUUCUUUUAAUAAUGUUAAAAGCAUAGAUAAAGUUUACCUAGACACUACAUUUUUCACUAAAGAGUAUUUAAGAUUCCCUAGAAGGGAAGAUAGUUUAAAUGAGUUAUGCACAAUUAUUGAAGAAUGGUUAGAUCAGGGUAGUUUAUUCAUGAUAAAUUUGGUAACAAGUGCAAAAUAUGGAUAUGAAUAUCUAUUUAUUGAAAUAUAUAGGAAGCUAGGAAUGCCUAUUCAUGUAAAUGAUGAAAUAUACAAUUUUUACUGCCUGAUUCCUGAAAUGGAUAAGUCAAUAACUACUGACGGAUCUAUAACAAGAAUUCACUCACAUUGCGGUGCAACUUAUCAAACAACAUGUUCUUACAAAUCUCAUGGUGUUGUCAAACCAAUUAAGGUAUCUGCAUUUCGUUGGAUCCAAAAAAUCUUUCAAAGGGAAUAUCCAGCAUUGAUCAAUUUAUGCAUUAUGUUUGCUACUCUACACAUUCUUCCUAUGAAGAAGCUGUAGAUUUGAUACAAUUCUUGAAGCCAAAGGAAGUUGAGAUAUGUGUCAAACCUUCAGAUCCUCAGGCUUAUUCUCUUCUGAGACAAUUAAUUCAAGAAGUAUUGAAGGAUCUUGUAGAAGAUGAAUAUGAGUCAGAAGACUCAGAGGUAGAAGAAAAUAUGCCAAAGUUGUUUAAAGUUGAUGAGACUGUAGUCAAAAAAGAAAUUUCAGAUGACUUAGUAAAGGUACAUGAAGAUUGGAAAGUGCUUGAAGAAGAUGAACUAGCUUCUAUCAUGGAUUUGCAACCAAAUGAUCCGUAUAGAUAUAUGUUAGACUCUCCUCCAAGAGAGGAUAAGCCUUCAGCUGAUGUUUUGGAAUCAAUCAUGGAUCUAUCACCUGCUAAAAAAACCUUGAAAGGUAUAAUAAAAAGGAAACAACAUGCAUUGAAGCAUGAACGGAGUUUCACGUUGUUGGAUUCAAGCACUGAAAGCGGUGGUUGCAGCAAUAAAUGGGAAGAUAGUGAAUACUUGGUAGAUGAUAGUCAAAUAUAUGAUGAAGCCAAACCUGGAUGUAGCAAAAAUAUAGUUGAAGUAACAUGUAGCAAAGUGGAUCUAACCGGUGAGUCUUCAGAUAAAAAAUUCUAUGGUGAAUUUGAUCACAGGAUUAAAACGGACCAGUCAGGAAGUGAAAAAUUGUGUGGCAGAGUUGGUAUAGCUGAUAAGACAGAGCCAACUGCAACCUUAUUGGAUGAAUUUGAUCCUAGACAGGAUCUAACAAAAACUGCACAUAGUGCUAGUGAUGGGAAAUGUAGUGAAGAUAAUGAAACACAGCCUCAAAAGUUGAUAACAGAAGAAAACUUUUUGUUAGACAUCAUUGAAUCAGAACCAAACCCAAGCCUUAUAGGAGAAAUUGAUAGUACAAUAAAUGAUUGUGAAGAAGAUCGUAGUGUUCUAUAUGAUAUUUUAGGCAUAUCACCACCAAAGUAACGCAUAUUUUGCAACUAGAGUACUUAUAUAUAAUAAACUACUAUUUUGGAAAAAGUGGGUAUUGAAUAAUAUUAUGAAUUGACAUAGAUAUAUAAGUAUAAAGACGUUUUUAUAUGAAAAGAGGCUGUGAUUUUAGCUUGUAGAUUUAUUUACGUCAAAAUUCAAUUCUUUUAAAUGAUUAUAGAUACAAAUGUAUAUAAUUUGAUAUUUUUAUAAAUGAG